GGACUGACCUCUGGAGAAAUUCCUGUCACGUCCCGGAGUCUCCCGGGCAGCCCUUGAGCCCGGCGGCUUCUGCCUGCCCUCAGCUCGUCCUCUAGAUGGUGGGGGCCUUCUUCACCUCGCCGGAGGGCCCGAUGCUGGGGGGCCUGGCCCCCUGGCAGGACGUCGCAGUGAGCGUAAGCCCAGCAACGUCGCGACCGACCCCCCGCACCCCGCGCGGGGCCCCCUUGGUCGGUGGCAGUAGGUGUCCCCCUGCCAUCGGGGGUGAAGUGACCCCAGCUGGCUGAGACAAAGACAGAGAGAUCUACCCAUCUACUGGUUCAUUCCGCAAUUGCCCACAACAGCUGGGGCUGGGCCAGGCUGAAGCCAGGAGCUGGGAACUCAGCCAGGUCUCCCACGUGGGUGACAGAGACCCAAGUACUUGAGCCAUCAUCUGCUGCCUCUCAAGAUGCAUUGGCAGAAAGCUGGAUUGGAAACGGAGCAACCAGGACUCAAACCAGCACUGAUAUAGGAUGCGGGCAUCCCAUGCAGUCUUAACUGCUGUGCCAGAUGCCCUCCACGAUGUAAGGCUGGUUUCUUCGGUGCAGGCUGUGCUGGCCACUGGCUCCGGCAUCGUAGUCAUCCGCUCCUGCAACAACGUGAUCAGCGACAGGCACUGGCUUGCCCGAGAGUACGUCUGGUUUUUAAUUCCGUACAUGAUCUAUGACACUUAUGCAAUGUACCUCUGUGAAUGGUACCGGGCCAGAGACCAGAACCGUGGACACGCCACCACCUUCCGAAACUUCCUCAGUCAGAACCGCCUCAUGAUCACGCACCAUGCAGUCAUUCUGUUUGUCCUCGUGCCGGUCGCACAGAGGCUCCGGGGACACCUCGGCGAUUUCUUCGUUGGCUGCAUCUUCACGGCAGAACUGAGCACUCCGUUUGUGUCGCUGGGCAGAAUUCUGAUUCAGCUAAAGCAGCAGCACACCCUUCUGUACAAGGUGAAUGGAAUCCUCACGCUAGCCACCUUCCUAUCCUGCCGGAUCCUCCUUUUCCCCUUCAUGUACUGGGCCUACGGCCAACAGCAGGGGCUGAGCCUGAUCCAAGUGCCAUUCAACAUCCCUUUCUAUUGCAACGUGGCCAACGCCUUCCUCAUCGCUCCCCAGAUCUACUGGUUCUCUCUGCUGUGCAAGAAAGCAGCUCGGCUCUUUGACGUUCCCGAGGUCAAAAAGGAGGGGUAACCGCUCCUGGGGCUCAGGCAGGGAGGCUGCCUCCUCACAGGAGCCGCAUCCUGCGCUCAGCAUUCUGUGGACCAAAUCCUCGCCCUGGGUGGCCUCAGCCUUUAUGUAUUGAUAAGCAGAUGGAUUUGAGUUUUUCUAAAGAAUAUUCAUAUUGCCUCCCUCUUCUAACCUGCCCUUUUUGCAAAAGCACUUUUUCUUAACCAUUCGAUCCCGUCAGACCUCCACUGGCAGCAAGGUGGUUUUACUGCGAGCCUAAGGAUGCUUCCUUGGGUCUUAUCUCAAGAGCUCUGGGAGGUGGAAGCCCGGGGUGUGGAGACCAGUGGACCAGGGUGAUAAGUGUCUGGGCGCCUGCCUGGCCCAAAUGUUGGCGGCUGCCCACCCUUCCAGCCACUCAGGACAACAUCCACUGCACUGGGCCAGCGGAGCAGACGACGACUUGGUUCUUGAAGUAAUGUCUGCUUGCAGUGUAGGCCUGGGAAAAUCACUGUGGGUAGAGAGUUUUCAAAGUGUUUACCCGGUAACCCGUUGGUUCUUUGCCUCACCCUCACUGCUGUGUCUACUGACUUCCAGUCAGAAGUCUCCCUGGCAGUGAGGCGCGGGGAUGGGACCCUGAAGUACUUGAGUAGGCAGGAGGCCAAGAGGUCAGCACGACCUUCGCAGGCGGACUUGGUAGAAGACCAGCAUCAAGCCCGAGUUUGCUGCAGUCACAGACACUAUUCCCCUCUUAGCAUGUCCCCUCAUGCCCAGCUCUCCCCACAUCCACACGCAGCGGAUGCGUCCCCGACAGCUACGGGCAAACUACUCACUGGGUGAUCCCGCUCUGGGCACUGUUGGAAGUGGACUUUUAUGCUCCCAGCCAUGAGGUGGCUCAUCUAGACUGCAGGGUACUCCCCACAGAGCCCCUGGGCAAGCCAGAGCUCGUGGUCCAAAGCCCAUUCCCUUGUUGAGCGUACUGCUGUUUAACCACAGGAUGCUGGAGAGAGGGCAGCCUGUCUGGCCUAGUACGUCCCAUGUGCUGACACCUUCACCCCAUAUGCAAACAGGAUCCUCUGGUGCCAACACUAAUCAUUCCUUAUCAACUAGGAGGGGUCUGAGACUGUGCUACCAGUUUUUCAAGUGGUAGUGAAAAACUAGAAUUCUAGAAGUGCCUUCAACUCUUAAAAGGAUGGAAUGUCAUGUAACAGCAUCUGAAAUUCUGACUGGUCGUCUUUAAUGGGUGCCAUUUACAAAAUGUAAGAUGCUACAAUUUUUUAUACUGUUUUAUUUACUGUAUCUAUCUGUGUAAGUCAUCCCUGUGGUGAUUAAAUUGCACUAAUGUUUCCCAACUUA